AUGAACCAAUCUUCAAUGCAAACCUCGAAGGACGCAAUUGAGCUCAAGACAAACGAGACAAAUGACAUCGAACGCUCAGCCAGCUCAGGAACUGAGCAUCAUGGCAAUACUCUCGUCCUAUCUGCGUCGGACGAUGCUGGGUACCACCGUUCCUUGACGAGGCGCCAGAUCAUGAUGAUGACCUUUGGAGCUGGUAUCGGCACUGGUCUAUGGGUGGGAACUGGACAAGCAUUGCACUAUGCCGGCCCUGCCGGUAUAGCAAUCACCUAUACGAUCACAGCGAUGAUCGUGUACGCCCAAUACUCUUCAAUCGGCGAGAUGACUACAUACAAGCCUAUUCAUGGUGGCUUUAUCCGACAAUGCGCUGAAUAUGUGGACCCCGCAUUCGGCUUUGCGAUUGGUGUCAACUUCUGGUUUGCGUGGGUGAUGAUCAUCCCAGCAGAGAUAACAGCAGCGAUAUCCGUCCUGAAAUACUGGCCACAGACAGACGUUGUGCCACUCGCGGGAUUUAUCACUAUAUUUCUGGUAGUCUUUGCCAUCGCAAACAUGUUCCACGUCCGAGUCUACGGCUACAUCGAAUAUUACAUGUCCUUUGUGAAGUGUAUUGCAGUUAUCUUGAUGAUAUUCUUCAUGUUCAUCAUGACAUCGGGCGGAAUAGCAGCAACAAACGGACCAAUCGAGUUCCGAUACUGGAAGAACCCCGGUGCUUUCAAUAAUGGAAUAAAGGGCAUUUCCAAGGCUUUCGUGCAGGCGGCCUUCAGUUUCGGCGGCGGCGAGCACAUCGCUGUUAUAGCCGGCGAGGUAGCCGAUCCCCGUCGCACUAUCAAAAAGACAGUUCGACCCGUUUUCUGGAGAAUGUUUACCUUCUUCGUGGUUAACAUCUGGCUCGUCGGAAUGUGUGUUCCCUCCAAUGAUGUGGAUCUUGUUAACGCCAGCGGGACUAUGGGAAGCCCCUUUGUCAUUGCAGUCAAGCGGGCGGAUGUUUACGGUCUCGCACACGCCAUCAACGGGUUCAUCUUCCUUAGUGUCAUUAGCUGUGGCAUUACUAGUGUUUACAUCGCAAGUCGAAGUUUGACAGCACUAGCUGACCUGCAGAUCAUUCAUCCAUUCUUCGGAAGAAAGGACUCGCAGGGUCGACCCUAUGUGUCCCUGUUGAUCAGUUUGGGCCUUGGUGGUGGGCUAGGCUAUCUCAACUGCAACAGUGUGGGCACUUUGGUGUAUAGUUGGUUUUCGGCCUUGGUGGCUAUAGCGACGCUUUUCCAAUGGGGCUCGAUUUAUAUUGCUCAUCUUCGCUUCCGGCAAGGACUUCGAGCGCAAAACAAGGAUCUCAGCGCACUUCCGUUCAAAGGUCUUCUCACUCCAUGGGCGCAAUACUUUAGUCUCCUUAUUGUGGCGUUUGUCUUCGGUUGUGAAUUCUACCUGGCUUGCUGGCCAUUUGGAGAAAAGGGUUCGGUGAAGAGCUUCUUCUCUUCUUAUCUCGCGGCUCCGUUGUUCGUCUUUGAUUACUUCGUAUACAAGUGGUAUUUCAAAACGAAGAUAGUCAAGCCGGUUGACAUGGAUUUCGGCCCUGCCAGAGCCUUCGAUGAACAAGACCUUAUCAAUGCUAUUGCGACCGAAGAUGCGGAGCGGAAUCCAGAGAAUGACAUGCAGAAGACUUGGAGAAAACGUGCUCAGUAUGCGGUGUUUGGAUAA